CUCGCCACAAGCUGGCCAUGGCGCCGUACACGAGCCUCGCCUCGAGCUCUCACGACGUCGAGCUCGGCCACCCCGAGGCCAAGGCGCGCGGCGACCUGCGCAUCUCGCCGCCGCAAGGCCUCCGGCGAGCGUCGUCCCUCAAGCGGCGCCAGCAGGAGCGCACGAGGCGGUUCGCGGUCGGCGGCGGCGUUGCGGCAGCGCUCGUGCUGCUGCUGUGGACGUUCACCGGUGGGCGGCGCGAGGAGAGGCGCGAGGUGUUUGGCCCGCCGCCCAGCUUGGUGCGGGUGGGGGCGAGGGCAGGGACGGCGCCGAACGCGACGACGCUUCUCACGUCGGCGGCACCAGCACGGUCAUACCACGAUGCGCUCCGACCCGAUCUGCGAUACCUUACCCUCGACACCUGGAGCGGCUGGUCCGGCCAGUUCCUCACCGUCCUGAGCCAGCUCUACCUCGCCCACCUCACUCAACGUGUCGCCAUCAUCCCGAGCUUCCGCGACGCCGACCACUAUGGCGACGCGAUGAUCACGGCCGACCUGCUCAUGGACUUUGGCAAGUACCGGCGCGAGCACGGCGCGCUCUUUGUCUUCUGGGACGAGGUCAAGCCGCUCGACCGGGCCCACGCGACGACCGAGCGCGACGCGAUCGGGUGCUACAUGGGCGUCAACUCGUUCGAGGGCGGGCGGUCGUUCGACGAGCACAACCUCGACCAGACGAUCUGGCGCGUGCCUCGGCCCGGCGGGCACCUGCAGAACUCGGUCGAGGCCCUGACGCUGUUCGACUAUGACGACGAGGACCGCCUCAAGCGGCUGCGCAAGUUUGCCGACAAGGAGGGGCGCGAGAUCCCGCCCAACAUGCUCGACUCGCAGCUGUUGUGCUACAGCAGCCUGUGGGACCUCGCGCACGCCGGCGCCCUCACGACGGGCUGGGCGUGGUACGAGGGCUUUCGCGGGCAGCAGCGCGAGGCCGGCGAGCUCAAGGACAUGCUCGCCCUCUCGGCGAGGGGCACGCACCCCGAGUGGUGGGCCGUCGGGCAGUACGUCGACUUUGCGCCGGGCAUCUGGGACAUUGCGCUCAACGCGACGCACCACACGCUCGGGCUCGACUAUGUCCCCAAGAACCUCAUCACGAUCCAUCUCCGCCGAGGCGACUUCAAGUCAUGGUGCUCGGCCGGCGAGAACUGCACGCCGACGGUCGACCGCUACAUCGAGAAGCUCGAGCCGCUCCUCGACCUCUCUCCUCCUGGUACCAAGAUCCUCGUCACGACCGACGAGCAGGACGACGGCGACUUUCUCGGCGCCAUCGACGCCCUCGGGUGGUACCGGGUCGACCACCGUGCGCUCGGGACCAAGGCGAUCCUCGACGCGCGGUACGGCGAGGCGGCGCCCUGGGCCGACGCCGUCGUCGACCAGGCCAUCCUGUCGCUCGGCGCCCACUUUGUCGGCACGAGCGGCAGCCAGGUGUCGCUCCUCACCGAGCUCAGGGUCGCGGCGUGGAACGGCGGCGAGACGAGGCUUGUCGAGCGGCCGUCGUAGCUUUCUUUAGACCGAGAGGUUACUGUACUCGAACGCGCUUUCUAGACUCUCUCUCUGACGGGCAGCUCUCGAGGCUUUGGAAUCUGGACAUGGUCAUCUUU